AUGCCAGAUACUAAUAGCACAAUUGACUUAUCACUGAGCGCUCGUAUUACUUUAGCAUUUUUUAUGUCCUUAGUAGCUUUUGCUAUAAUGCUAGGAAAUGCUGUGGUCAUUUUAGCUUUUGUGGUGGACAAAAAGCUUAGACAUAGAAGUAGUUAUUUUUUCUUGGCCAUCUCUGACUUCUUUGUGGGUGUGAUCUCCAUUCCUUUGUACAUCCCUUACACGCUGUUCGAAUGGGAUUUUGGAAAGGAAAUCUGUGUGUUUUGGCUCACUACUGACUAUCUUUUAUGUACAGCAUCUGUGUAUAACAUUGUCCUCAUCAGCUAUGAUUGAUACCUGUCAGUCUCAAACGCUGUGUCUUAUAGAACUCAACAUACUGGGAUCUUGAAGAUUGUCACUCUGAUGGUGGCCGUUUGGGUGCUGGCUUUCUUAGUGAAUGGGCCAAUGAUUCUAGUUUCAGAGUCUUGGAAGGAUGAAGGUAGUGAAUGUGAACCUGGGUUUUUUUCGGAAUGGUACAUCCUUGCCAUCACAUCAUUCUUGGAAUUCCUGAUCCCAGUCAUCUUAGUCUCUUAUUUCAGCAUGAAUAUUUAUUGGAGCCUGUGGAAGCGUGAUCAUCUCAGUAGGUGUCAAAGCCAUCCUGGACUGACUGCUGUCUCUUCCAACAUCUGUGGACACUCAUUCAGAGGUAGACUAUCUUCAAGGAGAUCUCUUUCUGCAUUGACAGAAGUACCUGCAUCUCUUCAUUCAGAGAGACAGAGGAGAAAGAGCAGUCUCAUGUUUUCCUUAAGAACCAAGAUGAAUAGCAAUACAAUUGCUUCCAAAAUGGGUUCCUUCUCCCAGUAAGAUUCUGUAGCUCUUCACCAAAGGGAACAUGUUGAACUGCUUAGAGCCAGGAGAUUAGCCAAGUCACUGGCCAUUCUCUUAGGGGUUUUUGCUGUUUGCUGGGCUCUGUAUUCUCUGUUCACAAUUGUCCUUUCAUUUUACUCCUCAGCAACAGGUCCUAAAUCAGUUUGGUACAGAAUUGCAUUUUGGCUUCAGUGGUUCAAUUCCUUUGUCAAUCCUCUUUUGUAUCCCUUGUGUCACAAGCACUUUCAAAAGGCUUUCUUGAAAAUAUUUUGUAUAAAAAAGCAACCUCUACCAUCACCACACAGUCGGUCAGUAUCUUCUUAAAGACAAUUUUCUCACUUCUGUAAAUUUUAGUCUCAAUCUCACCUAAAUGAAUUAGGUCUGCCCUUUAU